AUGUUUAGUUUAGAUAAUUUAGAUUAUUUAGAUAUUGUUUUAUUUAUUUUUGUUUUUUCUUUAUUUAAUUUCGUUAGUACCGCAAUCAUCAUCAAAUAUUAUUGUCCACAACAUCAACAAAAUAAGAAUGUUGAAAUGUUUACUAAAGAAGAUGUUGAUCGUCUUAUGGAAAAUCAAAAGAAAGAAAUCAUCAUGAAGUUUUCCAAAGAAAGGGCAAUUCUAUCAAAGGAAAAUGCGGUAAUUCAAUCAAAAUUUGAAAAAAAACAAAAAAAAUCUUUAAAAUUAAAAAAAAUGCUAUCUGCUUAUGAAAAUGAAAUGGGGGAGAUACUAGGUCAACCUUUAUCAUUAACAGAAUCAGCAAAAUUAAAAAAUGCAUUAGAUGAAAACGAACAAUUAAAAAAAAAAACCGUUGAGCUUGAAGAAACCAACUCGAAACUUAAUAAUGAAAUAAAAGUUCAAGUUCAUAAAUUUAAUGCCAUUAAAUUACGUGCCGAGUCAAGAUUGGAGGAUGCAUCGGAACAAUUAUCCGAAAUAAAAAAAGUUGCAAAUAAAGAAAUUUUAGCACUAAGGCUAAAAUUAAAAGAUUCAGAAUCCAAAUUAGCUUUGAAAUCAAAACAAUAA